AAUAAAAUCAACGUGAGACAGCAUGAGUUCAAGCACAAGAAUAGUUGGUUCAUUAGUUCUUAGUGGUGUAAAGGUUGUAGAGAUGAAAAAAUGAAAAUGGAUUCACUUCAUCCAUAUCCGGUGUAGAGCUUAAGGCUGUAAGCUUGUGUUUUUGUGAAGACGUUAUUUGUGAUCAUGUUUUUUUUUUUUUUUCAUGACGCUUCUUUGGGUCCAUGUGCAGUAGUUCUGGUGUCCUAACUGUUAUUGUAUCAGCCAGUGUUUCACAGUAUGGCAUGUAUAACUAGGCAUAGUUGGUAGUUUUAUAUUCUGCUUCCCAUCAUUACUUCCCAGUGAAUUAGUCAUGUAUCUUUGUGGAAGAUGUGUGAUGUAUCUGCAGUCGAGGCUAUUGUUAGCAAAAGCACAGCAUGUUCCAGUCGUUAAACUCUGCCGUCUCCCUAAAAACACGAGUGACAUCCCGACAGCCCUGCUUCAUCACAGCCUCUCACAGGACCGCUCUCAGAACACAUGGAGACCAUCUGGGGUUCGGUACUUCAGUGACCAGCGAACCGAGUCACCACCAAGUCACACAUCCAGCAGGAUCAGAGAGCAGGAAAAGCCUCAACACAGUUUAGUGCCAGUGAUCAACUCUGAACUACAGCACGCUUCCAGAGCAUCAGGACCAGUUCCUGCACAGCAGACCUCCAUAGAUUUGGAUGCACUAUCCUGUCCAUCUCCAUUUGAAGAAAUUAGUGAUGAAGAUGCCAUACAGAUCUUUGUGCCUCCCAACCUUCCACCCACCACAUUCACACUCAGAGAUUAUGUGGACAAAUCAGAGACCCUAACAAAUCUGGUUCACUUGGGGGUUGAUCUGUCAAAACUAGAGAAACGACCUAAUGUGGGCUCUAUGCUGGUGAGGCUGGACUUCCAAGAAGACGUAGUACCACGGCUCCUUUUCUUGAAAGAUCUGGGAGUUCAGGACUUUCAGCUGGGCCCGAUGCUCACGAAGAACCCCUUUUUAUUCACUGAGAGCUUGGAAGAUCUGCAAUCCAGGGUUUCAUAUUUGAAGUCGAAGAAAUUCAGUUCAGAGUCUGUUGCUGUGAUGGUGAGCAAAGCUCCAUAUUUACUGAACUUCAGUGUGAAAAGGUUGGACAACCGUCUGGGAUUUUUCCAGCAGCAGCUGGGCCUCAGUGCUCACAAGACCCGAGAUAUUGUGACUCGUCUGCCAAGGUUACUGUGUGGCAGUUUAGAGCCAGUAAAAGAGAACCUAAGGGUUUGUGAACUGGAGUUCGGGUUUCGCAGAAAUGAAAUCCAGCAUAUUGUCACUGCGGUUCCAAAAGUGUUAACAGCUAAUAAAAGAAAACUGACACAGAUAUUUGACUUUGUCCACAACACUAUGGGUGUACCUCACUCUCUGAUUACAAAGUUCCCACAGGUGCUGAAUGCAAAAUUUCUUCGUAUAAGAGAACGACACCUGUUUCUUGAGUACUUGGGCCGUGCUCAUUAUGAACCCACUCAUCCAAACUACAUCUCUCUGGAGUGCCUGGUGGCCCUGCCUGAUGAAACCUUCUGCUCUAAAGUAGCAUUAGCUUCUCUGGAUGAUUUUGAACAAUUUCAGAAAACUCUGUAGUAGUAAAAGUAUCAUUGUGUCUAUGAGGGAUUGGGUGUCUGAAUUAUUUUGAAUGUCUCAUAUUAAGAAUCCAUAAAAGCAGGACUUUAGUUGCAAAGAAACAGAGUUUUAGUCGGGUCAGAGUCGAAACUUGUCUUGUUGACUUGAUAGUCAUAUUUCAGUAUGCAUAUAUUUGAGUGUACAUGAUUUAUGGAUACAUAAAUUUAUACCUAAAGACUUGAUGUGAAUGCCAAGGUUGUUGGGGGUUUUGUUGUUGUUGUUGUUGUUUGGGUUUUUUUUUUUUUGGGGGGGGGUCCCUUUUAGAUAUAAUGUUCAUGUAUAUAUUUAUGUAAAAAAAAAGUUCAAGCAAUGAUGUAGAAACAUGUUUGAAACUUACAAUAAAUUUACAAUUGUAAAUUACUCAUUCCAAAACAGUCAGCAAGAUAGGAAGGUAAAUUAAUAUCAUUUUGUUUGACCAGCUACGCUCUUGCUGUGAGUGAGCAGCUUUAAAGGGAAAGAAAUUAUAAGAACUGGCCUUUGCAUGCUGCUACUAUAUACUGAAUUAAUCUAUUUAUAUGAAGUAUAACAAGUAAGAAGUAAAAUAUAUAAUGAGAUGUGUUGUAUUGGAAAAUAAUGAGACUGGGUGAUUACCACUCCCAAAAUAAUAAUUUUCCAAUAACAACAUGACCCAUGUGUUUUAUUCCUCUUGUACCAGAGCAAUUUGUCAAGGAUUACUAUUCUUAUUUAUUCAAGGAUGACAUUUCAUAUGUUUUAGUCCAUUUUUUACAUCCUUUUAAUAGCGUGGAAUAUCUGUAAGACAAUUUUGUUCCUGUUAUCAUUUAUAACACGGUGCACGGUGGUGUAGUGGUUAGCACGGUCGCCUCACAGCAAGAAGGUCCAGGUUCAAACCCAGCGGCCAGCGAGGGCCUUUCUGUGUGGAGUUUGCAUGUUCUCCCUGUGUCUGCGUGGGUUUCCUCUGGGUGCUCCGGUUUCCCCCACAAUCCAAAGACAUGCAGUUAGGUUGACGUGGGGCAGCCUUGGGCUGAGGUGCCCUUGAACAAGGUACCUAAUCCCUGACUGUUCCCCAGGUGCUCUGGGCUGCCCACUGCUCUGGGUGUGUGUGCUUGUGUGUUCACUGCUUCAGAUGGGUUAAAUGCAGAGGAUGAAUUUCCCUGUGCUUGAAGUGUGCAUGUGACGAAUAAAGUUUUUUUUUUUUUAAGUCA